AUGGUUUUGAAGCCACUUAAGGCACUGCCUUUCAUCCUUCUAACAGGACUUGGGAUUAUAGGAAACAUCUCUGUAUUUGUGAAUUAUAUGUGCAGUUUAUGGGGAGGAACUAAGAAGAAAUCUAUACAAUUGAUUCUCAUCCAUGUGGUUCUCACAAAUAUCAUAAUACUUCUUUCCAAAGGAUUGCCAAGGACAAUAGCAGCUUUGGGGUUGAGAUAUUUUCUAGAUGCUAUGGACUGUAGAAUUAUCGUUAACCUGGAGAGGGUGUCUCCGGGUCUGUCCAUCUGCACCAGCAGUCUCCUCACACUGGUCCAGGCCAGCACCAUCAGCCCCAGAGGUUCUGUGUGGAGGAGGCUCAAGCCAAGGUCUGCAUGGCACAUCCUUCUCUUGUUGCUCUUCUUUUGGAUACUCAAUUCUUUCAUCAGCAUGAACUUGUUAAAUUCCAUUGGAAAUACCAGCUUAGUCAAAUCUCAAUUUGGUGGUAGUGAGUUCUAUUGUUAUACUAUGCUAGGAAGUCAGAAAAUCAACAGCAUUUUCCUCACUUUCAUGGCUAUGAGAGAUGCUGUGUCCCAGAGUACUAUGGGUGGGGCCAGUGUCUACAUGAUAUUUCUUCUCUACAAGCAUCACCAGUGUGUUCUAUACCUUCAAAACUCCCACUUUGUCUACAAAACUCCUCCUGAAAUAAAAGCUGUUCAAAGUGUUCUUCUUCUGAUGCUUUCUUUUAUUUUAUUUUAUUUGAUAGAUUUAGUGAUUUCUUUAUAUUUAACUAUCUCCUUCGAACAUAUUUCCAUACUAAUAAAUGUUCAAGAAUUUCUGACCCUUGGUUAUGCAAUUUUCAGUCCAUUUGUUCUGAUUCACAGAGAUGGACAUCUGGCUGAAUGGUGCCAAGUUCAGUGCAGAGAUUUUAAACACAAAAUAUCUGAGUUUCAUUCAUCAUUUAGCUAG